AUACGAUGAUGUCAUUUGCAUCGACGCUACUCGAGUGAUUCUCAAAGGCAGACCUCCUGACGACGAUUAUAUUCACGCUAACUGGAUGGUAAUGCCGGACAGUCAGAAAUAUAUAUGCACACAAAAUUAUGACGCAGACAGUUCUCACCUCGCACAAGAAGAGCACAUCAACCUAAAACGACAUUGCAAUGCGAUACUUUUCUCUCCAUUCACAAAAGGCCCAAUUCAAGAGACGAUACUUGACUUUUGGCAUAUGAUUUUCACAGAGAAGGGAACAGUCAUAGUUAUGUUAUGUGCAUUUAAGGAAGGAAACAACGAAAAAUGUGCCCUAUACCAUCCGAAGAACAAAAACGAAUGCGGAAAAGUUUCAUUAGAUGUCCAUCAUCUGGCAUGCACGGAAUGGCCUGAUCACACAGCUCCUUUCGAGCCCGGCCCGAUAGUGGGGAUGAUGAGGCUGGCUCGUGAACUGGCCAAAGGAAAUCCAAUUAUUGUUCAUUGCUCAGCAGGAAUCGGGAGAUCUGCCACGUUCGUUGGUACGGCAUACGACAAGAAGAAAAGCGCUAGAGGCAUCGACUAUGCAAUGCAGAAAAUCAAAGAAGAUAGCAACACAAGUAUGGUAGACGUGAUGAAGGAUCUCCGCAAUCAACGUUUCCAAAGCAUCCAAGGCAUUAUUCAGUACAUAUUUUUGCAUAUGUGUGUGCUUGAAGGAUUUGCUGA